UACACAUAGCACGAUUUACCUACUCUCCUCCUCACUCUAACUUUCUCACUCCCCCUCAUUCACACUCUCCAUCUGUCUCGCUCGCUCAUACAUUUUUAUUUUUUAAUUUUUUAUCCUUCAUUCGUUUUUACCAACAGAGGUGUCAUAAGCAUCUGCAUAAGAUACUUUACAUGCUACACUAUCGCAGACAGGAAUAUAAACAAGUUGGUCUAGGACUUUAUUGGCUGUAGAGUUCACAGGCAUUAGGAAUUUCAUCAACAAUUGCGACGUUCAUAUGAUGGAAGGACUGAAAUAUAUUUUCAUAAUUUCUCUUUUAAAAAUUUACGUUCUUGCGGAAGAUCCGAUAAUUGAUACUACCACUGGAACGAUUAAAGGAUCAACAAUCUCAGUCCAGAAUGUUGAUCUUGAUGUCUUUCUUGGAAUACCAUUUGCCAAACCUCCUGUUGGUAAUCUAAGAUUUAAAAGACCAGAGCCAAUUGAGCGGUGGAGAGGUAUAAAAGAGACUAAGAAACAUAUUUCCUCGUGUAUACAAGUAGUUGAUGCAUUUGAUAAUAUUGAAGGUGCAGAUUCUUUCAAAGUAAAUACUAAUAUAAGCGAAGACUGUCUUUAUUUAAACAUUUGGGCGCCAACAGAAUCCCGAAAGUCCCAUUCAAAUUUAGCCACAAUGAUAUGGAUAUAUGGGGGUGCACUUGUUUCUGGGUCAAGCACGCUGGACGCAUACGAUGGACGAUUGUUAGCAGCGACUCAAAAGAUUAUCGUUGCAUCACUUAAUUAUAGAGUUGGACCCUUCGGUUUUCUUUCCUUAAAUGACGAACGUGCUCCAGGCAAUAUGGGAUUUCUUGAUCAAACCCUUGCAGUAAAUUGGAUUCGUGAUAACAUUGCAUCAUUCGGCGGAGACCCUGAUAAACUGACACUGUUUGGACAGAGUUCUGGUGCAAUGUCUGUUAGCUUUCAUGUUAUGUCACCAAUUUCUCGAAAAUUAUUCAGGAAUGCAAUUAUAAUGAGUGGGAUAUCUACCACUGAUUGGUCAAUUAGGUCAAAAGAGGAAAAUAUUGAAAGAGCGAAAGAAAUGGCUGCCUUCUUGAAAUGUCCAACUGAGAACGAUAAGGUGAUGUUAGAUUGCUUUCUAAAUGCCGAUGCAAACAACUUAGCUGUGGGACAAUUUUAUAAUUUAAAGAACAUCACAGAAUUUCCUUUUUCUCCUAUUAUAGAUAACUAUUUCUUACAAAAGAAGCCGAAAGAAACUCUACAGAAUAAAGAAAUGAAAAAGGAUGUGAUGAUUGGUUUUCUUAAAAAUGAAGGAAGUUUGAUGAUUGUAAUAAGAAACCCUGAAUAUUUCGCUCCAAACACAAAUGUUCCGGUAAACAAAUCUAUCGCACACAAAAUAAUGAGAAAUCUAAUCGAACCAAAACAAUUAAAUUCUCUGCAGUUGGAUUCCAUCUCGUAUCUUUAUGGUUCUCAUGUUGAUACCUCUUCUGAAACUGAAAAAUACAGAUAUAUAUUGGACCAAGUAGCUGGCGAUAUAAUGUUUAAAUGUCCUACUAUUCACUUUUCCGAGGAAUUCAGUACCUAUUCCAAUGUUUAUAUGUAUUCUUUUGAGUAUCGUUCAAGAGCUACGCCCUGGCCGGAAUGGAUGGGUGUGAUACAUGGAACUGAUGUUUAUUUCGCGUUUUCCCAAAUAUUAUUAGGAGAAUAUUCAGCAGAAGACAAAUCUGUGGCAAAAAUGGUGUCAAGUUAUUUUGCAAACUUUUCCAAAUCAGGUAAUCCUAAUGAUGGAGAUUGUUCUGAUUGCUCAUAUGGACCAUGGUCAAAGUACACACCCGAAAACCAGAAAUAUCUUCUAAUUGAUGAAAAACCAAGGAUGGUGUCUAAGGAGACCUCUCUGUACAGUAUAUGCAGUUUUUGGACAAAUCUUCUCCCGCAAUUAGGGGAACCUCCUUGCUCAGUGGGUCAGUCUGCUUUGUUGCUCUGUUGGUGUUGGUAUUGCUGAGGUUCCACUGUAAAUUCCUGCUACUAUUACGUUACAAAAAUUUAAAUGUUAUGCAUUUCAGACUAGCUUUUAAGAAUGAAUGUAUUCUGUUGCCUGUAACGUAGCUAUUUGUGUGUAUGUGUGUGCGUUUUCGUUUGUACAUGUAUACGGAUAUAGUGUGCACAUGUCCGUGCGUGCGUGUGUGUACGUAUGCGUGUGUGUGUGUUUAUGUAUAUAUAUACACAUAUAUAUACACACACGUAUAUAUUGGAUGAAAGGGUACACUGUCGCAAGGAGGUGCAUGCUGACGCAAGGACAAUUCAAUCAAAAUGUGUAGAAAGCACAGUAUGAGAGGAGCAUGAAGGGAGAAAUAAGUAUUAGAAGGGAAGAAAGAAGAAAAUAUAAUGGAGUGAGAGCAAGGAGGAAUUUAAGCAAGGUCACUUGACUGGUAGUAAAUAACAGAGGUGCUUUGGCUGAAUCGCAGAAUUUAGUAAGGGGAGUGGUAUUUGAAGAAUAAAUAAUUUGUAGGGGAGACGGUGGGGAAAUAUUUUUGGUCGUUUUGUGUGGAGAAAGAAAGUGUGUAUGAAUAUAGCAAAGUAUUCUACAUUCUGAGUUCAUAUUCCACCAAGGUCGACUUUUCAUCCUUUCGGAUCGAUAAAUCAAGUACCAGUGAAACACUGGGGUCGAUGUAAUUGACAGACCUUGUGUCUAUAGUAGAAAAGAUUAUAGUGGUAGUUCUGAGAGUUACUGCUGUUAAGGGUCAUUUGGUGUAUGGAGCUGGGGGUUAUGUUGUGUUAAUUUAUUAGGUUGGAUUUAGCUGGUUGUGGAUUGGAGGUUAAACAUUUUUCUAAGGGAGCUAGAUUUAGUGAAAUGUUUUUCCAGUAGGGCGAAGAAGAGUUCGAGUUCUCGAAUCUGGAGGUAAAGGACAGAGGUGGGUUGAACCAGAUAACGUUCCGGGUUAUAGUCUGUUUAAUCUGAUUAGUGGGGUUACCUGGGUGCAGAUAGGGCUUUGGAGGUCUAUGCUGGUGUCUGAUUUGAUGGCUUGUGUUGUAUAUGGGAUUUGGGGUUAUCUAGUAGGGAGGUUGUUUGUUAGGUCAUCUACUACACCGAUAUUUGAAUGGGUAUUGGAGGGCUGGGAUGAAGGGGUACGUCUAUAAUAUGGGGGUGCGGAACUGUUUUCUGUUCCAGGUUUAAUGGAGAAAGGAAUAUCCCACGUGAGGAUAUAUUCAAUUGAGUGUUUAUAUCCGGCCCGUUGUAGGGCACAAUUGUAAUAUUCAGCAUAUUGAUCGAAUAAAUAAUUAUUAGCAGAUAGUGAGGAGAUCCGGUAGGAAAUGCUUUCUGCAAUGGGCUUUAGGACGGAGGGGGUGGUUGGAGGAGAAGUUCACGUAGUGGAGGUUGUCUUCAGGUUUGUGGUAUGGGUAGAAGGUUUUGCUUUGCAAGUCCAGGGUUAUGUCUAAGAAAUUAGCAGUUUUGACGUUGUUACAGAAAGAGAUAUUGAGGUUGACGUUUUUAAAAGAGCUUCUUAAUCUUAUUUUAGUCUGUUCGAUUAUCCGGUUACUAGAAUUUUGGAUAGUGAACAGAGCAUCUCCUCUGUAUAGACCACCGGAAAUGUUAGGGAAUUGUUCAUGGAAAUCGUUAAGUAGGUAGAGUCCUAUAAGGUCAGGAACUUAGGCAGAGUCAUUGGCUCCCAUGGAGAUGUCGAAAAGAUUAGGCGCAACAUUGCGGGACCAGGAGUUCCCAUUAAAAGGUAUGGUAUUUUGGUGGGCUGCUAAUAUAAUAUCAAUAUCGUCGCGAGUUAGGUUGGAAUGUUUUUCGGCGAAAAUUAGGGCCUUAUUAAGAAGAAUAGCAGAAAUACUAUCAAUAAUAUUGAUCAAUGUCGGCUUGCAUAAAUUUAAAGGUUUGCUUAGGGUAUAGAGAGGUGAGCCUUUGGAGAUCUUCAGCGGUUUUGGUCCAAAGUUUUUUGUAGAUUUGGUUCAAAGUUGGGGUAUUAUUUAAUCGAGUAUAAUUUUGCUAAGCUUAUCUAUAUCGGAGCUGGAGGGGGCAGAUAUGGCCAGUGGGGCGGGGAGGGGGGUCACUGCGAAGUUUUCUUUGUGAUCUUACAUUUAUAUCUAUCUAUCUAUCUAUUUAUAUAUGUAAUAUUUUGGGACUAAUGGGUAUAUGUCGAUUAGUGUGUUAAUUUUGGUUAUUGAAAUUUAGUAGUAAUGAAAAUUGUAACAACACUUCAUUCCCUAACAUGACGGGCAAAUAAUAACAUGACUGCCCGAGCUCAAGAUCUUUAGCGAGACACCACUUUAUGUAUGGAUGUACUUGAUGUGACUCAGACUGCAAAAUGGAUGCAUGCAACACAACAUAAUGAACGGAGUCCCACCCAUAUGAGACAAUAGCAGGAUGGGUCGAAACGAUCGUCGUAUAAAAUAAGAUUAAUGCCCAGUCCAUCUUCUGGUUACUUGAUUAUUAUUAUCUCAACUAUAUAUAUAUAUAUAUAUAUAUAUAUAUAUGUGUGUGUGUGUGUGUGUGUGUGU